GACAACAUUCUGACAACUGCCAUUCAACCUGAAAGAAUAAAAUAACAAAAGGCAAAGGUGUAUAUAAAAAAAACAUUAAAAUGCCCAAAGAUCACAGGUCUUUCAGAUUUGAAUAUAAAAAAAAGACAACGGAAAGUUCUCUUUCUUCAGAUUCCCAAGAUUACCAUCACAAAAAAAUGAGAAAACAUUCACGAGAUAGAAGUAAAGAAAAACGUUUAGAUAAAACAUAUUUUGAUGAUAAAAGACGUGAAAAACCAAAGAAAUCUAAGAAGAAACGAUCCAAACAUUCUUCUGACGAUUCUAGUUCAAGCAGCAGCGAAAGUUCGGAUAAUUCAGUAAAGUUGUUGGAAAAACUUACCAAAGAACGAAUAAGACAGACGGAAGAAAAAAAGAAAGAAAAAGAGGUACUUAAGGCUACAGAAACAGCAGAAGAAAAAAGAUUAAGAAGGUUAGUUAAAAAAGAAGCAAAGGAACGAAGAAGAAAAGAAAAAAUGGGUUGGGAUAAUGAAUACUUGCACUACACAAACAGCGAUAAUCCAUUUGGAGAUGGUAACUUGCUAAGUAGUUUCGUUUGGAAUAAAAAAUUGUCUAAAGAAGGUAUUAAGAACGUCAGUCAACAAGACAUAGAGGCUAGAAACAGGUUAAAACAGGAAGAAAAUAAGAGAGAACUUGAAAAAGUGAAGAAAAGGAGGUUGGAACGAGAAUUAGAAAGACAAAAGAGAGAAGAAGAAACACAAAUGUUACAAAGGAGUAAAGAAGCUGCACAAUUUGAAGAAUGGGAAAGGCAGGAAGACAAGUUUCAUUUGGAACAAGCUAGAUUAAGGUCUCAUAUAAGGAUACAAGAUGGUCGAGCUAAACCUAUAGAUUUGCUGGCAAAGUAUAUAAGUGCUGAAGAAGAGGUAGAUGCAGUGGAGAUGCAUGAGCCAUAUACAUACCUCAAUGGGUUACAAAUUAAAGACCUAGAAGAUCUAGUUGAGGAUAUUAAAGUGUACAAAGAAUUAGAAAGGGGUAAAAAUUUGGAUUAUUGGAAUGAUAUAACAGUCAUAGUUGAAGAUGAGCUACAAAAAUUGAGAAAAAUAGAGAAGCAAAACGAUUUUGAUUUAGGAUUAAAUAGAAGAGAAGGUAUACAUCAGUCAGUUGCUACUGAUGUUACAUCAGUGUUCAAAGGAAAAACUGCUGCUCAACUAGCAGCUUUAGAAAAGCACAUUGAAAGUAAAAUUAGUGGCAAAGCUGAUGGAAUAGAUAUAGGCUACUGGGAAUCUUUAUUGUCCCAACUAAAAGCCCACAUGGCGAGAGCAAGAUUACGAGAUAGGCAUCAAGAAAGUUUAAGAAGAAAAUUACAAGUUUUAAAAGCAGAACAAGCUAUUACAGCCCCCAGUGAAAGUCAGUCCAGUGACUCCGAGGAGCCAAUUUCUGAACAAAAUGAACCCAAACCUGGUACUUCUCAAGAUGCUCAUAAUUCAGCUGAAGACAGUAAUGAGGCAACUGAAGACACUGCUAAUAUUUGGAUAAAUGAAUGUUUUUCAGCGUACCAAGCAGGUGGAUACAGUCCAAAAUUUUUAACUGCUGAUGUUAUUGAGCCUGGUACAAUUAUUGUCACAGAAGAGGAUGAUGUUAAGAGAUUAGAAUUUGCUAGAAUUCAGGUGGUUGGACAAGGAGCUAAAGUUGAAAAUGUUAUAACAAAGGAAGAAUUGUUGUUACAAAAGGAAGCUAGGAAAGGUAUGGAUGCUGAUGAAGCUCAGUUUUCUGUUGAACAAGCUUUGGACAGUCAAGUGUAUCUUUGGUCUGAUAAAUACCGUCCACGGAAACCUAGAUACUUUAAUAGGGUACAUACUGGUUUUGAAUGGAACAAAUACAAUCAAACUCAUUAUGAUAUGGAUAAUCCACCACCAAAGAUAGUGCAGGGUUAUAAAUUUAAUAUAUUUUAUCCAGAUUUAAUAGACAAAAGUAGUACCCCAGAAUAUUAUCUAACACCAUGUCCAGAAAAUAAAGAAUUUGCCAUUUUAAGAUUCCAUGCUGGCCCACCUUAUGAAGACAUUGCUUUUAAAAUUGUUAAUAGAGAAUGGGAAUAUUCCUAUAAAAGAGGAUUUAGGUGUCAAUUUCAUAAUAACAUCUUUCAAUUAUGGUUCCACUUCAAGAGAUACAGAUAUAGAAGAUAAAAGUUAACAUUUAUAAUUUUUAGUCUACACUUUUUCAA